AGCCUACCGGAAUGUCAUCAAAUCAUCAUUUGCGGUAAUUCACGACAGACUGAAAUUAUUUUACGGGUCAAAUACUUCUAUUUUGGGCGGUCGUCGCUUUACUGUUCAACAUGACUGAUACAAAGCAAGAUAUUGCAGAUCCUGCUGAUGGGAAAAAUGUACAAGAUUUAACACAGUUUGUACAACAACUUUUGGAACAAAUGCAGAACAACUUUCAAGCAAUGUCUGAUCGCAUCAUAGGCAGGAUAGAUGAGAUGGGAAAUCGCAUAGAUGACCUUGAAAAGAGUGUGGCUGACCUGAUGAUGCAAGCUGGAGUGGAUGAUUCUGAGAAGGCAGACAAGUAGAUUCCAAAUGCUUCUAACCGACCCUCCAUGGCAAUAUCAUCACUGGAACUUCUUUUAGUAAUCAUUUGAUGUUUGGUUUUUAAUAAUAUUUGAAUUUGAAGACAUUUUUUUUUCUCGGUCAAGAUGUUGAUGCUUUUGGGGGACUUUCAAAUUUCUAUUUAAAUUUGAUGAUACAACAGUAAUUUCCUUUCUUUUCACAACCUAUUUCCGAUUAUUUAUAUCUUUAUUUCCUUAUUUAUUUAUUUACUCAUUCAAUUGAUGUGAAUUAACUAAAUUAUUCCUCUUAUUUUUAAGAGUGAAGUUCUUCCUAUUUUGUCUCAUUUGACUUUUAUCAUAUUUUAUUUGAAAUAUUUUGUCCUAAAAGAACUGUAAAAAUAAUCUACAAUCAACUUGAUAUUCUUCCAAAAGAAAAAUGUGAAGUGUCCUUGUUAACAAAUCAGCCAUGUAAUGUUUUGUUUUAUUGUAAUUUUUUUCUUGCUAGUUUGCUAGAUCAUAAUGUUUAUAUAUUCUUUAUAUUCCUACAUGUACAUUUAUAUGAACAUUCUAUCUUUAGACAAGAUGAAGAGAAACCAGUUUAUUGAUGUUUUCUUUUCAAAUUGAACCCCUCUCCUAUAUUUGCCAAACACAAUAUGAAAAGAUAUAGCCAGCAUUAAAAAAAAGGUUGGUGCAAUAUGUGAUUUUUUUUGGAGAGUCAGAAAAUGCAGAAACUACUUGUACCUAGUGUUCAAAUGACACAACUUUAAUUCUAAAUAUUACUGGGAAGACGUAGCCUAAUUGUGAUAGAGGGAAGUUUGGGUUCCCUGUAAAAUUUACAAGAAUUGUUUGCAGGUUGCCACAUUUAAAGAUUUGAAGUACCCAUCCAACGAUUUUGACUAAGGUGAAGAAAUUUACUGUGCAUUAUAGUCAUAAUGUAAAUAUUUACAUUUGGAAUUACAUUUAGGUGUAAUGUUUUUAGGUGCUAUUUUUGGUCGAAAUGCUUCAUAUAUGUACCAUUUACCCUAAAUUGUAAGUGUUACGGCGAUGGCCGUGUACUUUCAGUUUAUUUCAAAGAAGGCAAAAAGAUGGAGAGCAAUUGAGUGCAAAAACCUAUGACCAGGAGAGAGAUAUUACAAGAAUCUGUGGCCAAUAUGACCUCUCCUCCACCCACCACAAAUUACAUGCUAGUAAAAUAGCCAGUGGAAAGCAAAUUUUUAACCGUGUAUAAUGUAGUCAAUGACCAAAUCAAAGCAUUUUGUACUAGUAUCUUAUUCUUUUGUUUUAUGGUACUGCAAAUCUGGGGUUUAAAUUUAUUCAUCAAAUAUUGAUUAAAGCAUGUUCACUUGCACAAAAUAUCCAUCAUAUAAUUCAUUUUAACUUGAAUGCCUUAAUACAGCUCAUACUUUAAGCAGAGACAUUUGUUCUUGAGUUGGACAGAUACUGGAAAAGUCAGUCAGUGAUGGAUUGUAGAAAAUCAAUAUAUUUAAAAUGGAUGUUGUACUGUCAUACUACUUGUACACCACCCCAAAGUAGGCCUACAGUAAAGUCUAAAGAUUGUUUUUUUUUUCAUUCUAUUUGCUGCUUUGAAAAGUGUAUGAAAUGUACAUUGAAGCUAUCUAGUUUGGCUAUAUAUUUUGAUGUAGAGCUUACAUAUUUUGUUGUACAUUUGCUUUGCUAAUAUUUGUAUUUUUUAUUGGUAAGACCUGUGAGAUAAUGUAUAAAUGUAAUUAUAUAAUCAUGAAUCAGCAUAAAUAUUCAGUGAUAUGCGAAAGUCAUAAAUAUCAUGUCCUUUUGAUAUUGACAAAAUAGUUGGCAGUUCAUAGGCAACGGAUGUUUAUACAAACGCCUCCAAAUAAUAAUUUUUCAACUUAUGGGACAUGUAUAUUUCAAAGUAUUAGUUGGUCAGACAAAUGAAAUUCAGCAAAAUGCCAGCAUUUCGCUAAAUGUGUUAUACCUCUGUUAGAUGCUAUGUGAUUGUUUGAUUUAUUGAAUGUAUUGAAAUAGGACUAACAAAGUAUCUAACAGAAAGCAAAAUGCAUUUAGCACAUUUUGCUAAAACACACAAUCAGUAUGAUCAUUGUUUUAUGUACCAACAACUAAAUCAGGUGCAUUGAUACAAUGAAAUCUACAUAUCCUAUGGGUUUAAUAUACAUAACCAGCCAUGGUGAAUUAUGAACAAAUUGUAUUUAGAAAAUAAUACAUGCAUGCAUGUAUCUUAUCAUUAGUAUAGUUUUUGUAAGCAUCUCUCUGGUAGAGUGUGUUAUAAAUAAAGUAGUAAAAUCUUAUUGGCAGGCUUCCUUUUCAGUUCUGAGUUCUGCUUGCCAGGAUAAUCUUGCUUCGUAUCUUUGUGUUCAAGCUUGUGACUAUCUAAACAUGUACAUGUAUACAUGUAGAUCUUUCAGUUCUGUAGGUUUAUUGAUUAGGAACUUAAGAGUUUCUGUAUAACUAUUUUUUUUCUCUUUGACAACUUAUGUCUACAUUAUGUGAAUGAAUCUCAAGUUUGACUAUUUAUCUCAAUACAUGUUCAGAUGAACAUGUUUCAUUCUUAAAGGAAUGCAUGAUUUUCAGUUUGUGUGGAAUAGCUUGAGGAAUAAACUUUUGAUGUGAACAUUCA